CGCUGGGGCUAUAACCGCCUGCCCAGCAGAUACACAGCCGAGUUUAGACAGUGUGCCAGCCGAGGACACGAUGAACACACUACUGACCUUCUCAGUCCCCUUGUUGUUCAGCUCGGUGGUGUGGAGUGGAUAUCUGGAAUAUGACCAAGAUGUCUUGAUACCAGACGACUGGACUCAUGUGCGUCGUGUGGACCCCUCAGAGGAGCUGGAGCUGACCUUUGCCCUGAAGCAGCAAAACACUGACCAGCUGGAGGAAACACUGAGACAGGUCUCGGACCCUGACUCAGCACAAUAUGGUAAACACCUAACCCUGGAGGAAGUCUCCUCCCUGGUACGCCCGUCUGAGCUGACCCAGAAGGUGGUGCAUCACUGGCUGCAGAGCCAUGGGAUUACAAACUGCCUGACUGUUCGCACUCAGGACUUUUUACAGUGCACCAUGACUGCAGAGGUUGCAGAGAUGCUGCUUCCAGGUAGCAAAUUCCGCCGUUACACGAGGGACGGCCAGUCUGUGGUGAGGUCUUCAGCUCCAUACUCUGUUCAUGAUGAUGUUCACCAGCACCUGGACUUUGUUGGAGGUCUUCACCGUCUCCCUCCUAAAGGUCAGGACCUCAUCAGAGCCUCCUCCAACAGGAAGCGAAAGCAGUCGAAGGCAGGGCUUCACUUGGGAGUGACUCCCGCUGUCCUGAGGGCUCGUUAUAACCUCACAGCAGCUGAUGUAGGAACAGCUCAGAACAACAGCCAGGCUGUAGCUCAGUUCUUGGAGCAGUACUACAGCCCUGCAGACCUGGCCGAGUUCAUGAGCAUGUAUGGCGGAGGCUUCAAGCAUCUCUCCCAGGUGGACCGUGUUGUAGGUACUCAGGGAGCGGGAAAGGCUGGACUGGAGGCCAGUCUGGAUAUAGAGUAUAUCAUGAGCACUGGGGCAAACAUCUCCACAUGGGUCUUCACCAAUCCAGGCCGUCAUGAGUCCCAGGAGCCUUUCCUCCAGUGGAUGGUUUUGCUCAGCAACAUGUCCGACCUGCCCUGGGUUCACACUAUCAGCUACGGAGACGAUGAAGACAGCCUGUCUACCGCGUACAUGAUGCGCAUCAAUACGGAGUUUAUGAAGGCUGGCGUCAGAGGGAUCUCUCUGCUCUUUGCUUCUGGUGACAGUGGUGCAGGCUGCAGACAUUUGGGCAAAGGACAAAACACCUUCAGGCCAAGUUUUCCUGCAUCAAGCCCAUAUGUGACGACAGUAGGAGGAACCUCCUUCAAAAACCCAUUUAAGGUCACAUAUGAGGUCACAGAUUCCAUCAGUGGAGGAGGCUUCAGCAACGUCUUCAAGAUGCCUGACUACCAGGCCAGCGCAGUGAAUGGGUAUCUGAAGACUGUUGGAACAGCCCUCCCUCCUAAGUCAUAUUACAAUAUCAGCGGCAGGGCCUAUCCGGACAUGGCUGCCCUGUCGGAUAACUACUGGGUGGUCAUCAACAGAUUACCCGUCCCCUGGGUGUCCGGGACCUCGGCGUCAACCCCUGUGGUUGGAGGCAUGCUUUCUCUCAUCAAUGACCAGCGGCUGCUCAAGGGCCUGCCUACCCUGGGCUUCCUCAACCCUCGCCUCUACAAGCUCAAAGGACAGGCUCUAUUUGAUGUGACUGAAGGCUGUCACAUGGGCUGUCUGGACGAACAGGUUCAGGGUCAAGGUUUCUGUGCUGUACCAUCAUGGGACCCUGUCACAGGUUGGGGGACACCAGACUACCCUGCACUGCUGGCUGCCCUGCUAGCAGAGUGAAAAUGCCGUCUGCUCUGAGAGCGGGUACUAUACACACAUCCAAAGGCACGACGGUGGAAUGGAGAGAAAACUAUGCCUAUACUUUAAAUUUAUGCCUCUUUGUUAUGUUCAACUCAUUUGAGGUUGAAACACAGAGUUUUAACAGUCUUCAGGAACGUUUUCAUCCGCCAUUAUCACUUCUGUUCAUUUAAGGUCAAUCUUUACUCCUUUUAUAUUUUUAUUUUCUUCAAAAGGCUGCAAACUGUUUCCUUUUAUUUUUAGGUCAGGGAUGGUGGUGGUUUGGGAUUUUUAAUGCUACACUGCAGUUGCUUCUUUCUGCUGUUAACUGCAUUUUAACUGACCUAGAUUUCUUUGUGAAUCUCUCAAACACUCUUACAGGCAGAUUAGCAUUAACAGUCAUGCCUUAAAUUCAUGCCUAGAUACACAGCAGUGGUGCGUGUUGUUACACUGGUGGCUAUGCAUAAAAAACAAAAACACAUAAAUAUACACACCAGUCCACCUAAGAGAUAUACACAUAGGCCUAUUUGAAUAAGUUUUUAUAUACAUACAAUAUGAUUAAUGCCAGAUGUCAAUCAAAAAUCUAUAUACUGGAUGCAAUCAUUUUACCAGAUCAGGAAAUUUAGCGUAACAUUAAAUACAGCUUUGGUUGUAGAAAGAGUGAGACGGCCAAAUGUGAUGACUGUUUUGCCAUACUACUCUGCAGGGACAAGCUACGUACAAGUUAUUUCAUUUAUUAACAAAUAGACUACGUUUGCAUGCAAUUUUAAAAAAUGUUGCUCAUCUAUUUGAAAUAAAAUGGGAACACACAGUACAUGGCUCAAGAUCAACAGGACCUUUCUGAAAACUUGAUUUUACUUUGGUUUGUUGCAGUUUGCUCUGCAGCUUCUAACUAACCAAAUGCACUGUCAUAUGUGGGUGAAAAGUGAUUCAGCAGUUCUGCCCACCAGCAUUGUUGCACUUGUUUUUAUCUUUCAACCAUGUAAAUCCUCAGAUCAGAUGUAUUUUAUGUGAGAAAGACUGUGUUGUGUUCUUCUGUGAGUUUACUAAAGAUGGAUUUUUAAUUGUAAAUGAUAUUUGGUGGUUGGGAUUAUCUGAAGUGUGAAGGCUGAUCUGAAUGCUUGUGCAAAAUAAAAUGAAGUGGAAAUUAUUGCAGACUAA